UCUCUCCUUCCUAGCCUCCGAGGACUUCACCAUGGAGUUCAGGGUCUGGGACAUCUGCUGGUUUAUAAUUUUGACCCUAGGAUGGACCAAGGCUCAGAGUCAGACCAAUGACAGGCCAGUUUUCAACUGUGGAGGACACUUGGUGACAGACUCAGGUAUCGUGGCCAGUGAGGGCUUCCCCAGCCAAUAUAAACCCAACAGCAAAUGCACCUGGUACAUCACUGUGCCGGAGGGUCACGUGGUCAUGCUGUCCUUCCGUCUCUUUGACAUGGAGGCAGACCCCACCUGUCGCUAUGACUACCUGGACGUGUAUAAUGGCCACUCUCGCCUGGUGCAGAAGCUGGGGCGCUUCUGUGGCACGUUUCGACCUGGAGCUCUGAUUUCCACCUCCAACACCAUGAUGCUGGAGAUGGUGUCUGACGAUGCCACGUCUGGACGAGGCUUCCUGGCCUUUUUCAGCGCUGGGAAGCCACACGUGGAAGAGAACCAGUUCUGUGGAGGUCGCCUUACCAAAGCACAAGGCUCGGUGAAGACGCCAAACUGGCCCAACUCAGAUUACCCAGCAGGCAUCAGCUGCUCCUGGCACAUCUCUGUGGAGCCCAGCAAUGUGAUUGAGGUAAAGUUUGAGAAGCUGGACUUGGAGCCGGAUACAUACUGUCGAUAUGACUAUGUGGCCCUGUUCAACGGGGGUGAGACUGAUGACUCCAGAAGAAUUGGCAAAUUUUGUGGAGAUACUGUGCCAGGGACCAUAGUGACCAAUGGGAAUGAACUCUUGGUGCAGUUUGUGUCUGACCUCAGCGUGACAUCAGAUGGGUUCAUGGCCCAUUACAACAGCGUCCCCCGGGGGUCCCGCAGACCCACGGCUGGGGGGGACUUUAUCUUUAGCUCUCCCACCAGCUCCGCACCAAAACCCACAUCCAAACCCAAGCCCACCAAGCCGCCCAAGCCCACCAAACCUACCAAACCUGUUAAGCCUAUUAGACCUACUCCAAAACCAAAAGCAAGCCUUAAACCUACAACUAAACCACUAAAACCAAAAGUGACUUUGCCCAUAAAACCACCUUCACGCAAACCUACCCCUAAACCUAGACUGAAACCAAGCGCCAAGCCUAAACCACCCAGACCCACUCCUCCAACGAAGAAGAAGCUCACACCAAAACCUGCUACUAAACCUCCAGUCAAAGUUACUCCAAAACCAAAGAUUGUCAAACCAACACCAAAGUCCAAAGUUAAACCAACCAAAAAGCCAACAGCUCCCAAAGUAAAGCCGACAUUAAAACCAGCCAUUAAACCGGCCAAGCCUACGCCUAAAACAGGUCUGAAACCCACAGCCAAACCAAAGUUUAAGCCCAAAGUCACCCCCAAACCAGGAGUCAGCAAGACCGUGACCAAGAAGCCUUCUGUGACCAAGAAACUGUUACCACUGAACCCACUCUGCACACAGAGCUGUAAGAGAACAGGAACUCUGCAGUCCAGUUUCUGCCCUCAUGACUUUGUGAUCACGGGUAAGGUUACAUCCAUGACUAUGGGUCCGCGGGGCUCUGCCACAGUGGAGGUGUCCCUCAUAAAGGCCUAUAAAACUGGACGGCUGAAUAUCACUAAGUCUGGCCCCAUCAUGUCGGUCACUCUACACUCCGCCUGCAAGAGGUGCCCUGGGCUUAUCAAAGGGCGUAAUUAUGUGUUAAUGGGAAAAGUUGACCCCCAGGGCAAUGGCCAGCUGACUCCAUCAAGCUUCACUCUUCUGUAUAAGCCCAUUCACGCCAAAGCACUGGCCAAUCUAGCCCUCAAAAAAUGCUGACCAAAACGCCUGACAUUUCUUCAGUAAGUAGAAUGUAAUGAGACCAAAAUACAUGUAUCUGACACAUUUUACUGCACAUUUUUUAUAAACAUUUAACUCUAACUUCAGUCAUGUUAUAUUUUGUAUGUAAAUUAUAUUAAUGU